AUGUUGCUGGAUUUCCGUGCAUUCAAUGGUUAUUCGAUCAUGAAUACCUUUUUCCAGCACAAGGAGAUUCAUAAAUACACCUGGGAAGACACAAAACGAGGACUUAAGUCAAUAAUUGACUUUGUCCUUGUUCCCGGUGUUGAUAGAAGAAUUGUCCAAGACGUUCGAGUUUUUAACAGUGCUGAACUGUCAACUGAUCACCACCUGCUCUUUGCAAAAAUUAACCUCAACGAAGAUCCUCCCGCUCUACCUAAGGGUAAGAGCAAAGUGCUUAAAUGCAUUAGGUGGGAGAGUCUCAAGAAGAAAGACGUUGAGGAAAAAUUUGUGAAGGGCAUACAGGAAAGAUUUGAACAAAUUCCACAGUCUCCUUCUGACAUAGAGGCUGAAUGGGCCUGCUUCCAAACAGCCAUUUUGUCCUCGGCUACAGAAGCUUAUGGCGUUAAGCGUAUUAAUGUGACGAACAACGUGAAACGGUCAUCUUGGUGGGGAACACCGGGAGUAAAGGGAGCCGUUGGAGAGAAAAAGAAGGCUUACAAGUUGUACAUACAACGUAAGGAUUCUUAUUCUCGUGAUCGUUAUGUUGAAGCGCGAAAGGCUGCAAAGCUCGCAGUUAAAGCCGCUAGAGAGGAGGCGUGGAAAAAGUUCGGUGAAAAGCUGGAGCUCGACCACAGGAUGGCAAACAAAACUUUCCGGCAAACAGUCCGAAGACUCCGAGGGAAGAGAAGCAAUUCCAUCCAAAGAGUAAAAUCCAAGGAAGGAACUCUUUUGACCAAAGAGGAAGAGGUCUUAAGUCGCUAG